AUGGGGUACGCGCAGCUCGUCAUCGGCCCCGCUGGGAGCGGCAAGUCAACUUAUUGCUCCAGUUUGCACGACCAUUGCCAGACUGGGGGCAGGACAAUUCAUAUUGUCAAUCUCGAUCCAGCUGCUGAGCACUUUGACUAUCCUGUAGAUAUGGAUAUCAGAGAGCUGAUUUCAUUGGAUGAUGUUAUGGAGGAGAUUGGGCUGGGGCCAAAUGGUGGUCUCAUCUACUGCAUGGAGUAUCCUGUUAUUUAA